GAAGACGGAAGUAAGGGUUAUUAUGUGGUUGUAGUUCUUCGUGCACUACUUGGUUUCUGUGUUGCGGUGCUGCUCAGAAAGCUCCAGAUGGAUUUUCCUUGAAAUGUAGUAAUGUUGUGAACCGGGGUUGUUCUGAAGCUUUCUGAAGCUAAUCCUAACACCAUGACAUGGGACCCCGUGUACUACAGCCAGAAUCCUUAACUUUUGUUGACCUUUGGAUUUCUCUUCUUCCAGCAUGCAGCAAGCGUUAGAAUAUGCACUGGAUCGUGCUGAGUACAUAAUUGAAAAUGCUCGUCAACGACCACCUAAACGAAAACAUGCAUCUAGUGGAAGGAAAUCCUUUUAUCAGAAGUUGUAUGACCUGUACAUAGAAGAAUGUGAAAAGGAACCAGAAUUCAAGAAGUUAAGACUGAAUGUAAAGCUGCUGGAGAAGCUGGUUACACAGGAGAUUGUGUCGUGUCUCGUGGUGAACCUUUAUCCUGGAAAUGAAGGCUAUUCACUAAUGCUCAGGGGGAAAAAUGGAUCAGAUUCUGAAACCAUUCGAUUACCGUACGAGGAAGAAGAAUUGCUGGAAUAUUUGGAUGCAGAGGAGUUGCCUCCCGUUCUUGUGGAUCUCUUGGAUAAGUCUCAGAGUAACAUUUUUCACUGUGGCUGUGUCAUAACUGAAAUUCGGGAUUAUCGUCAGUGUGGCAAUUUGAAAACUCCGACUUACCAAAGCAGACACAUCCUUUUGCGUCCAACCAUGCAGACUUUAAUUUGUGACAUUCAUGCGAUAACAAGCGACAGCCACAAAUGGACCCAGGAAGACAAGUUGCUCCUUGAGAGCCAGCUGGUUUUGGCUACAGCAGAACCUCUCUGUUUGGACCCCUCCAUUGCAGUAACUUGUACAACAAAUCGUCUUUUAUACAACAAGCAGAAAAUGAACACUCGUCCACUGAAACGAUGCUUGAAGAGAUACUCAAGGCUGUCUUUAACCAGGCAUCAGGAGUUGGUACACUAUCCUACCCCGCCACAGUUCAGACUGUUUGACUACCUCCAAAAACGUAAAGAAAGGCGAGCUGCACAGCAGUUUGACCUUAAAAUUUCUAGAGCUGGAAGCUGUGUAGAUUUGUGGAAACAGACCCCCUGUCACUUGACUGCACCUUCUGAAGUUGAUGUGGAAAAGUAUGCUACAGUGGAAAAACCUAUCAAAGCAGAUGAUGCCUUGACAUCUGUCUGGCCCGCACAUGACUCAAAGGAUGAUUACAUUUUUGAAUGUGAAGUUGGUAACCCUCUUCGGAAAACAAAAGUUAGCAUUUAUCAGUCUGUUGGUGAUCCGUUUUAUUAUGGUAGGAUACAGACCGCUAAAAACGAGGAAGAUGAAGAUUAUCGUGUGACUCAUUCUCAGAUCCUGUUUGGUUCAAAGGCAGAGGCAGAUCGAUUUGUUCAUCAGUUUAAAGAAGUUUUCCAAAAUGAUGCUAAAUGUCCAGUGAAGAUGUCCCAUAACCCUGGAGGUUCAUUAAAUGAUGACCAACCAUCUCCUGAAGAUGAAACUGAGGACUUGGAGAGUUUUUCUUCACUUCAGUCAUCUUUGUUGGGGAAGAAUAUUCAGCACAGAGGUGCUCCAGUAAAGCUUCCUUCAAGUUCAGGCGGCAGUCCUUUGGCAGGUGAGUGGACUGGACCACAGGGACCCAUCUUCAGCCAUGACCUCGUUACAGGUAAUGGAUCUGGAACUCCUAAACAAUCGCCGACCAAUACCCCUUCUUCGACCCCACAUCCUUCUGAUGUUCAGGGUUCAACUCCUUCUGUUACUCCUUGUGUCACUCCAACCCCACAGGAUGCAGGAUUUUCUCCGCAGUCAGCCUUAUUAACUUUUACUCAGCAACAGCAGCAGAUGGCACUGAGCCAGUCACUACCUGUAAUGACCAUUCCACUCUCCACUAUGGCAGCUACCAGUACUACAGGAACUGCUUCUAGCCAGGUCAUGGCAAACCAUGCAGGACUCAGCUUCAUCAAUGUUGUGGGAUCCGUGUGUGGUGCUCCAACCUUGAUGAGUACUUCAAACUCCAUGUUGGGUUGUAAUACAGGUGCUAUUACCUCGGCUGGUCUUAAUCUCACUGGCAUCCUUCCAGCCAGUGGAAUGGUACCAGGUGCAUUACCAGCUGCUAUGCCAUCAGUUGCUCAGGCAGGUGGUACUUUUAAUUUAAAAAAUUCCUCAGGACUGCGACCUUUCCUUCCGCUUCCAGGUGCCACCUCACUUAUCUUCAACCCUCAACAGCAGCAACAGUUGCAACAGUACUCUCCACAGCAGCGGUCUGCAUCGAACAGCCCCCAGCCCCAGGACCAGGCUUCUGACCAGGGGUUUACCAGUCAGGACCAAACUUUGGCUGCCCAGCAGGCCGCUGUUAUUAAUUUGACUGGUGUAGGGAGCUUCAUACCUUCACAGGCAGCAGCAGUUACUAUACCUCCAGCAUCAAAUGUUUAUGGCAUCACAAAUGGAGCAGCACCAGCAGCAUUCAGACAGCCACCUAAAAAAUAAACGGAAAUGAGGAACGCCAUCUCCACAGAAAAUAAAGCAGUGUUCAAAGCAGAUGAGUUAACCAGUCAAAGGACAGAUGUUACUUCACAUAUUGGAUGUAACUUGUUUUCUUUUAACUUCAGAAAUGCUGGAGAUUGCAGGAAUGCAGACGAUAAUUCAGUGUAAAAUGCUGAACAACAUUCUUUACAAUGCAUUCUGGGACUGCACGAUACAAGUAGCACCAGCGGUUUAGCAGCCUGUAAGAAUCUGUCAUAGUGUAUUGCUGUGGCUUGUUUGUUAUGAAAUACAUGUGAAUAAUGAAUACAUUUUUUUUAACAAACCA